CGAGUACCGAGGAAGUGCAUGUCGCAAUGUUGACUGUGAAUCGUGUGUGGAUGCUGGUGAUCGGAAUUCUGGAGGUACUACCAGUCCAAGGCCACGAAUGCAGUUGCGACUGUCCCACACCUCAGCACCACCAGCAACCGUAUCAGCUUCCCGUGCAGCUGGUCUACUUAAACCAUGCGCAUGCUGCACAUGGAGUAGGCACUGCGACUGGAAGUCAGUUGUUGCUGUAUGCCAAUCAUCGAGCUCAACAUCAUCCACAGCACAGCCAUGCACCUGUGAAUGUCAUUGCGCAUGAACCUCAGCAGCAUCAUCAUCAUCAGUACCAGAAUCAGUACACACCAGCUCCUGUCAAUCAUGCUCACCAAGACCAGCAUGAAGAAUAUGGUGCUUCCCAACCAGUAGUGUCCAAGGUUUCAAGUCACCAAGAUAACCAUUACAUCAAUAUAGAACAACACAUCUCACCUAAGUUACAUUCUGAUAAGACUUCUGACGAAGAUCACAAAGAUCAUCAUCACGACAAAAAUGUAUACUACAAAUUCGAGUACGAAGUGAACGAUCAAAAAACGCAUGACGUCAAACAUCACAAGGAGGAGAGGAAAGGUGACGUAGUCGAGGGAGAAUACUCCUUGUUGGAAGAAGAUGGAAACGUCAGGACUGUCAAAUAUUACGCUGACUGGAAAAACGGAUUCCACGCCAAUGUUCAUAAUUCUAAAAAAGCAGGCUAGGCUUCUGAAAGUGAAUUUUUGUUCUGUUCUUAAUAAUAAGUAUAGUUGUUGCUUAGAACGACGGAUAUGUCUUGACUUUAAGAAGGGAUAGUGCCAUAUCUAGAAGGGGCUCUUCAUGUAGAUGGUUGUGUUACGUUUAAGACCAGAAAAACCCUUAUAAAACUAGUAAAAAGACUAUAGCUAUUGCAGCCAGUAUGAAAUCACGUCAUGAACUAAUCAGUAUGUUUUUAAUGUUUGGGCUAAUUGAAGGGUAUAUUUGGGGUAUUGUGCGGGGUUUUGUAAAGUAUAAUAUUACGAGGAUAUAGGUUGCGGGAGACCGCACUUAAUUGUUCAUUUUCUAGCAAUUAAGUAAAGGGAAUUUAGUGAUUCCCUGGGAACUCGGAAAACAGUGUCGUCCGUUAAUAUUCAUGAAGAGAUGAGGGACGCUCUGUUUUAUUUUUAGUCCAAGUCUGACGUCAUCAUUCUGCGCCAUCAAAUUUUAACUGGGGUUCCACUAAGCACGUCGAGGAGCUUCCAGACAAAAAUAAAUUUCUUCCGCUUUGUGAACAAGUUGUUUAAGAGCUUGCAGCUAGAUUAGAAACAUGCGCCAAAUAAUAAAGCUCACAGAACUAAACAGAAAUAUCUGGGAAUGCCACUGCGUCGCUCUCUUUAUUUAUUGAUUCAAGCAUAUUCACCAUACAUACAGGGUGUCCCAGAAGUCGACGUCAAGCCGAAACUGGGUGAUAGGCAAAGUCAUAACAGCU